AUGGCUGCGGAGUCCGAGAGGCCGCCUUACCUGAAUGGCGCUUCUGCGCGAUCCAGAGGGGCCAAGAAUGCGGAGGCGGCUUCGAAUACUGUGCAUCGGGCGGCCAGCGAGGGUGACGGCGUGGAGACGCUGCGCCCGACCGUUAAAUCUCACAGCUUUGCCAUGGGCCAGGUUCCAAAGCUCGUCAUAAAUUCUUCCACCACUGAUUCCGCCGUCUCCUCCCGUGAAUCCUCCCCAGUCCGAAUCACUUCACGGACCGCCAAUCCCUCCUCCUCCUCCGCCAGCCGAGGGCCUUCUCGAUCCCGAAAAAGCAGUCAGGAAGGAUCGUCUUCCAUCGAUCAGCCCGCAACGAUCCCUUUACCCUCUUCCGCAUCGCCUACUCCCCGUACGCCGACACCUACCACUGACGCGCUUACAAUUAUAUCAGCACCUCCCGCUUCUCAGCCACCAGUCAAUGUCCUCAGCCCGGAAAAGGCCAACAUGCCGUCAUGGGCGGGGAAUCGUCGUACGGAUCAGGAGUCUACACCAUCGAAUACCUCCCAUAAACGAACCCAGCUGCCGUCGGAAGACGAUGGAAAGGCGGACAGAAACUCACCACGCACGGUUACGAGGGGUGUCAAUGGGCAAGGACCUUCCCUGGAGACAGUUCAGGAGAUGACCAGUAAUCCUUCUACUCCGUCGACUGAGACUGCUCCUAAGCCGGCCACCCCGGACGACUCACGGUUACACACGAUUGAUGAGGACCCGACCCCCCGAGCCUCAAAACACAAUACAGAAAGUGGGAGCGACAGCGGUGGUAACCGGAGCUCCAAGGAAGACAAACCUAAUGCCACUGGGGGAGGCAAGACUUCUGGGACGAUCAUGCCAAAGCGGUCGAUGACCUCAUUGAGCGGUGCCCGUGGAAAACCUAGUGAAGGCUCGGUGCGCAACAUGAUUGUGGAGACCGAGACUGUCAGCUCAAUACCUCAAGUCUCCUUGGGAGUUGGCUCUGGUGAACGAGGCAACGGCGGCCGUGCCGAUCAAGGCACUCUGCGCAUGAAGCCUUCAACUGAGACAAUUCGGCCUCGCAAAGAGAAGAAGAAACACCGCCGUCCCAAUACUCUCAAUCCGGGACCUGCAACGAGCAAGGCGGAUAUCUUCGAGGCCAAGGUUGCAAAUGCUGUGGAUGAGGCUGAUGUCUCCGAUUCCGAUGAGACAUUUGUCUAUGAAUCUAAUCCACCCGAUCCAUAUCCUCCACGGCAACCCCGAUACCAUUCUCGAACUCCCAGCGCUACCUCCAUGGCGAGCCAAGUGGACCAGCUGGCUGGUCGUGCCCGUGGACUACGGGAUGGUGCUCACAGCGUCACCGGCAAGCGCAGCAUGAAGUUUACGAACAGCGGAUAUACUCCCAGCAUGGAUGGCGAGUCUGGAGAUGCAGACGGAACCCGACAUGCUGCCAAAAACUCCGGUAGUGGGACGGUCACCCCACGCCACCAGCACAUUGGGCGCCACGGACGCGGCGGUAUACUACACGCUGGGCUUUUCGAUAGCGAGCAGCCUUUCCCACCGCAAACCCAGAUGAAGUCACCCCGCCAUUUUCUUGGACAUGUCAAUCGGCAUUCGCGAAAUGGCAAUACCCGCUCGUCGCCCAACUAUAAAAACAUCAACGAUAAUAAGGCGGGUGAGGUGUAUGAUUUCGAUGCGGAAGGAGCUGAUGAUGAACGUACGCCGCUGGUGGGUGCACGGAAUUCGAAUCGUCGCCCAGGUCGGCGCCCGAAUAGUGCUAGCUUGCGGCAGUUAGAAUAUAUGGAGCGGCAACGCGGGUUCUUGUCUCGCUAUGGGUCAUGCGCCGUUGUUCUCCUGCUUUUGCUCAUUAUAGCUGGCGGUGCCAUCUCGUUCGUUAUGGCCGCGACGAAGACCCUUUUGGACGUUCAAGUCGUUGCCAUUCAAAACGUGCUCGCAUCUGAGCAGGAAAUCAUGCUGGAUCUCAACGUGCAAGCUGUCAAUCCCAAUAUAUUCCCCGUGACGAUUGACGACACCGAUAUCAACAUUUUCGCCAAGAGUCGGUACGUCGGUACGGAUAAAUUUUGGCGAGACCACGGGUCGGAUGAACUUGAUCGCUUCCCACGUGUCGAGCAAAGCCGACGCCGUUGGGAGUUAUCACAAAUUGUCCGGUGCUUGGGCAACAUGGACUGCGUGCAAUCCGCCAUGUCUGGCGUCUCUUCGUCGAAGCACACCAAGGACAAGGACGGCGUCGAUCACGGUACUGAUCCUAUCAACGACCCUGAAGGCGAUGCGCGAUCCAUGCUGCUCGGCAGAGUAUUCCGCUUUGACUCGCCGCUUUCCUUCGAAUCGUCUGCGUGGUCACAGGUGGCCUCAACUUCAAUGGGACAGAUCCGGCUUGCCCGUCCCGGGAACAAAACCGAGGAAGGCGGCACAGAGCGCUGGGAACAGGUUCUCGAGCAUCCAUUCGAGCUGAUCGUCCGCGGUGUUGUCAAGUACCAGCUACCGCUUAGCUCCCACUUCUACUCCGCCUCCGUCAGCUCCAGCGUCAAAAUCGUGCCCGACGACGAUAUCCAAAAUCCCAACAAUCUCGAAACCACACCACCAAACAACGAAACCGCCCGCAUCUCCUUCACUAGGAGAAUCACUCCCAUCGUCCGUCUCACGGACACCGAUGCCCACCCCGAGCAUCGAUCGGGACUCUCUCAACGACAAUUCACGGCCUGA